UCCUUUUCUUUUUCUUCUUUUUUCUUUCUCUCUCCUCUUUCUUUCUCUCUAAUUUCUCCAGUACGAAAUCCCAACUUUAUUAAAUAAUUUUUAUUUUUCAUUGUUUUUGUCUCCCUAAAAUUUCCCACUAACAACUCUAAUAGUAGCACUACUAGUAGUUAGAGAGAGAAAAUCCCAAAUUCUUCCUUUCUCUCUCCUACUUCAAAACUCAUCAAUGGCGUUCACACUAUAACACUAUAAUUUAUAGUUUUACAGAGAGAAAAAGAGGAAAGAGAAAAAAAUAGAGAAAAAUGGGUAUAUGUACUUCAAAACCACCGACGCAACCGUAUGUUUCCGAUCCAAAACCACCGGAAGAAGGAAGUAAUCAACCGCCAGCGGCGAGAAAUUCCGGCGAAAAUCAAGCGAAGAAAUCCCCGUUUUUAGGGAUCUACAGUCCAAGUCCAGCUCACUACUUGUUUUCUAAGAAAUCACCAUUAUGGUCACCUGCUACAAAUGCGACUUCAAAUUCAAAUUCAAACUCAAGUACAAAUACGCCGAAACGUUUCUUCAAACGGCCGUUUCCUCCGCCGUCGCCGGCGAAACACAUAAAAGCAGUGUUAGCAAGAAGACAUGGAACGGUUAAACCUAACGGUAACGGCGUCGGAGGUUCUAUUCCCGAAGGAAGUGAAGGUGGUAGUGGUGGAAAUGGUGUGGGUUUGGAUAAACGGUUUGGAUUUUCCAAGCAUUUUGGGGAUAAGUAUGAAGUUGGUGAAGAAGUUGGACGAGGGCAUUUUGGGUAUACUAGGGUUGCUACUGCUAAGAAGGGUGAUUUGAAGGGUCUUCAAGUCGCUGUCAAGAUCAUCCCUAAAGCCAAGAUGACCACGGCUAUUGCCAUUGAGGAUGUUAGAAGGGAGGUGAAGAUCUUGAAAGGUCUGGCCGGACAUCCCAAUCUCAUUAAAAUUUACGACGCAUAUGAAGACAACGAAAAUGUUUACAUUGUGAUGGAGUUGUGUCGAGGAGGCGAGUUGCUGGAUAGAAUACUUUCAAGGGGUGGGAAAUACACAGAAGAAGAUGCCAAGGUUGUGUUAAUACAGAUCUUAAACGUUGUUUCGUUCUGCCACCUGCAAGGUGUGGUACAUCGAGAUCUCAAGCCAGAGAAUUUCCUUUUUACAUCAAAGGAUGAAGAUUCAUCAUUGAAGGCCAUUGACUUCGGCUUAUCAGAUUUUGUGAAGCCGGAUGAAAAGUUAAAUGACAUUGUAGGCAGUGCAUAUUAUGUUGCACCAGAAGUUCUGCAUAGAUCUUAUACAACAGAGGCUGAUGUCUGGAGUGUGGGUGUAAUUGCAUAUAUCCUACUUUGUGGAAGCAGACCAUACUGGGCUCGUACUGAGUCUGGUAUCUUUAGAGCUGUUCUUAAAGCUGAUCCGAGUUUUAAUGAACCACCAUGGCCUUCUUUGUCCCUGGAGGCGAAAGACUUUGUAAAGCGCAUGUUAAACAAAGAUCCAAGAAAAAGAAUAACGGCAGCUCAAGCACUUUGCCAUCCCUGGCUUAGAAAUCAAGGACAAGUAAAAGUUCCUCUUGAUGUACUCGUCUUCAAACUUCUCAAGAUUUAUAUGCGUUCAUCUUCUCUUCGCAAAGCUGCCUUGAGGGCUCUGUCAAAAACAUUGACUGUAGAUGAAUUGUUUUACUUAAAGGAGCAGUUUGCACUACUGCAACCUAGCAAAAAUGGAACCAUAAGUUUGGAAAAUAUUAAAGAGGCCUUGUUGAAAAAUGCAACAGAUGCCAUGAAGGAGUCUCGUGCUCAUGAAAUCUUAACCUCUUUAACGGCACUUCAGUAUAGAAAAAUGGAUUUUGAGGAAUUCUGUGCAGCCGCCUUAAGUGUCUAUCAACUUGAAGCUCUUGAAAGAUGGGACCAGCAUGCUCGUUGUGCCUAUGAACUUUUUGAGAAGGAUGGUAAUAGGCCCAUCAUGAUCGAAGAGCUGGCUUCAGAGCUUGGACUGGGACCCAACAUACCGGUUCAUGCUGUCCUUCAUGACUGGAUCCGGCAUACUGAUGGGAAGCUGAGCUUUCUUGGUUUUGUCAAAUUGCUUCAUGGAGUGUCCUCCAGGACUUUAAUUAAACCUCAUUGAUUGCGUGCAACUAUAGGUGAUCUUUGUGUCUAUCUUUUGUGGUGCUUCGUAUUGUUGUGGUUUGUGCCUGUUGGGAGUAUCAAGCAAUUGCCAUCAUGACUCGUGCCUGGUGCUCUCGGUCUUGCAACUGAUUCCAGAUCUUGCCAGAGAAUGAAACUUCUGUGCUAAAUGAGAAACCUGUGACUGGCUGGACAGCAGAGUUGAGUGCUGAUGGCCAGCUCACUACAAAAUAGGUUAAAUGUUUCUGACCACAUAAGGAAUGUAAACCUCAAUCGUUGUUCAAAGCUGGGCAAAAAAAUGUGAUUCAAUUAUCGCUAUAUAUUGUUUAGUUUUAGCCUUUGUGGGCUGGGGAUGAUGACCCAGAGGUUGACAUAUCUGGAAUCUGCAUUGUUUCAGUGCUCUAAUUGUGAAUCUAAUCCUAGCAUCAAAGCUAUGCACAAAUCAUGUUUUAGGCUGUCAAAAGUUAAAUGAAAGAGGGUGCUGCUUUAUAUAUACUACGUAUUUUUUUGCUUA